GUUCCGGAUGCUUCUGUGACGGGGUUGGGACUUUCCUCUGGGGGUCUCUCCGGCUCUCGGGACCCGUGAGGAGGAGAGAGAGAGAGAGAGAGGAGCCCCUGAAAUCGGCUUUGUCCUGCCGCUUAGGCGUGCCUCUGCUAGUCCAAGUGUUUUCGCCCUCACCGGAGCUUCUCUGGUCCGGUCCGCUCCCCGCCUCUGCUGGGGAACCCCAAGGCCCAGCCCCCGGCCAGGCUGCCACCCCCGGACGGCUCUGGGAUGCCUUCCCCGCCAUGGUAGGACCAGAUUAUGGGCAGAAGUCCUUUAAAUUAAUUUAUCAUCAUCAUGGCUAAUGAGGGCUGUCCCAAGGCUGGUGAUAGUCUUUUUUCAUCAGAUAAACAUGCCCAACUCAUCUUGGCCCAGAUCAAUAAAAUGAGGAAUGGACAGCAUUUCUGUGAUGUGCAGCUACAAGUUGGGAAGGAAACUUUUAAAGUUCAUCGGCUGGUUCUCGCUGCCAGUAGUCCUUACUUUGCAGCUUUGUUCACUGGAGGAAUGAAAGAGUCCUCAAAAGAUGUUGUACAGAUUCUAGGAAUUGAAGCUGCAAUAUUUCGAAUACUUCUAGAUUUUAUUUAUACAGGCAUAGUGGACAUAGGUGUGAGUAAUGUCCAGGAGUUGCUUGUUGCAGCGGACAUGCUACAAUUGACUGAAGUUGUUAAUCUUUGCUGUGCAUUUCUGAAAGGACAAAUUGAUCCACUGAACUGCAUUGGGAUCUUUCAGUUCUCUGAGCAAAUUGCCUGCCAUGAUCUUUUGGAAUUCACAGAAAACUAUAUUCAUGUCCAUUUCUUGGAGGUUCAGAGUGGGGAAGAGUUCCUGGCACUUACAAAAGAUCAGUUGAUCAAAAUUUUGCGAAGUGAAGAGCUUAGCAUUGAGGAUGAAUACCAGGUCUUCUUAGCUGCAAUGCAAUGGCUUCUCAAAGAUCUGGGAAAAAGAAAAAAAUAUGUGGUGGAAGUGCUAGACCCAAUUCGAUUCCCUUUACUACCUCCUCAGAGGCUUUUAAAGUAUAUAGAAGGAGUAUCUGAUUUUAAUCUUCGUGUUGCAUUGCAAACACUUUUGAAAGAGUACUGUGAGGUGUGCAAAUCUCCCAAAGAGAACAAGUUUUGUAGUUUUCUGCAGACAUCUAAGGUUCGACCUCGGAAGAAAGCAAGAAAGUAUCUGUAUGCAGUAGGUGGAUAUACUCGGUUGCAGGGUGGUCGUUGGAGUGAUAGCAGAGCCCUCAGCUGUGUAGAACGUUUUGACACCUUUAGCCAGUAUUGGACCACUGUAUCUUCACUUCAUCAAGCUCGAUGUGGGCUGGGAGUAGCAGUUCUGGGAGGGAUGGUCUAUGCUAUUGGAGGUGAAAAAGAUUCAAUGAUUUUUGAUUGUACUGAAUGCUAUGAUCCAGUUACUAAACAGUGGACAACUGUAGCUUCAAUGAAUCACCCCCGCUGUGGCUUGGGAGUGUGUGUGUGUUAUGGGGCUAUCUAUGCUUUGGGUGGAUGGGUUGGAGCUGAGAUAGGGAACACCAUUGAACGAUUUGAUCCUGAUGAAAAUAAAUGGGAAGUAGUUGGCAACAUGGCUAUGUCACGCUACUACUUUGGCUGUUGUGAAAUGCAAGGUUUAAUUUAUGUAAUUGGGGGCAUCAGCAAUGAAGGAAUAGAACUUCGUUCUUUUGAAGUUUAUGAUCCACUUUCCAAGCGUUGGUCUCCACUUCCUCCAAUGGCAACCAGGAGAGCAUAUCUUGGGGUGGCUGCACUCAAUGACUGCAUAUAUUCUAUUGGAGGGUGGAAUGAGACUCAAGAUGCUCUUCAAACUGUAGAAAAAUAUUCCUUUGAAGAGGAAAAGUGGGUUGAAGUUGCCUCAAUGAAAGUGCCUAGAGCAGGCAUGUGUGCUGUGGCAGUCAAUGGGCUUCUGUAUGUUUCUGGAGGUCGAUCUUCCAGCCAUGAUUUCUUGGCACCAGGUACCUUGGAUUCAGUUGAAGUUUAUAACCCUCAUUCAGAUACAUGGACUGAAAUAGGUAAUAUGAUCACCAGUCGUUGUGAAGGAGGUGUUGCUGUACUAUGAACUAUAAACUGUAAGAGAGCACAAGAAACAUUUUGAAAAUAUAGGUUCUGACUUUUUGCAAAUCACACAUGUAUCUGGUCAUAGGACCCUUUGAUUCUGUUGAGUUUCCCAUGUAUUUGAUAAAUAACUAAAGAUUAUUUUUCUAAGAAUUUGAGUGAAAAGGAUAUGGAUUAUGUCCUAAAUUAAUAAAGAGCUCACAAAAAUUUGCCACGCUUACUAAUAGAAAUGCUAUUUAUGUUUAAGAAUUGUUCAGUUAGGAGUAGAGUCCUACUUGUAAAAAUUAUUUACUAGAAACUUCUUGGCAAAUAGCCCCUUUAGCAGCUUCUCCAGUGCAAUUUAAGCUGUAACAUGACCUUGUGUGAUAUAAAAAUAUCAGUGGAACAGUU